GUGGAACGCAACGUGAGCUCUCGCGAUACUUGGCAUAAAUCCCUGUCCGUCAUGGCGGCCAGUAAGUUGGUCCUGGAAGGCAGAGUUAGUGUAAAGAGCUUCCUUCUCGGUCUCAGCGUCGUCAUAAUCCCUCUUAUAAGAACCUGCUAUGGACACCUCGACUGGGUAUUUGACUACCUGACGGAAACUCCCGGAAAAAUAGCAAUUUGUCUGCAUGUGGCCAUUGUGAACGGCGUGCUGUUGGUGCUAUGUCGGGGACCUGUCUACAAGGUUGCUGUGAGAGCCUGCUUUUUAGGAGUUACCUUUGGGUGUGGCUUGAUUAUAAGCUGCACCGAAACCACUUGGACCCAUUUUGGCUGGUACAUGUGCUCCUUGGCCUUCUUCCACUACUCGGAGUACCUGGUGACGGCCAUCAUUAACCCUCGCAGUCUGUCCCUGGACUCCUUCCUGCUCAACCACAGUGUGGAGUACACGCUCGCUGCUGUCUCCUCAUGGCUGGAGUUCACGCUGGAAAUGCUCACCUUUCCAGCGCUGAAGCAGCUGACCUGGUUGAGCGUGGCGGGUCUGCUCAUGGUGCUGUGUGGCGAGGCUUUACGCAAGUCGGCCAUGUUGACGGCCGGCUCCAACUUCAACCACAUUGUCCAGAACGAGAAGGCCCACAGUCACGUGCUGGUCACCAGCGGGGUCUACGCCUUCUUCAGACACCCGUCCUAUGUGGGCUGGUUCUACUGGAGCGUGGGAACACAGGUCCUGCUGUGCAACCCCAUAUGUACUCUGGGCUACACAAUAGCCAGCUGGAGGUUCUUCCGGGAGCGCAUCGAGGAGGAGGAGAUUUCACUCAUCAAUUUCUUUGCCGAGGACUACGUGGAGUACAAAAAGAGGGUUCCCACUGGGCUGCCCUUCAUCUCAGGCAUCCGCGUCAACUAGGCCCCUAGGAGCGUGACUCCCGAGUGGGCCUGACUCCAAAAAGCCGGCCGGCCCUCUCGUCAGCGUGGCCACGGAACCAAACGUGGGCCGGACCGCACUCACUCACUCGCCGGCCAAGACGCCACAGCGGGCACGGCGGCGAGCCAAGUGGAGCGCUUUUACUUGACCAAACUCUACCAUCCAGUUAGAGAGACCAAAACCUUUCACCGUGUAUUCUAGUAGCACUUCUUUGCAGUUUUGUUUGCAUGCUCGGACCAUGCCAGCUGCUGCGCUCUUGUCCGUAGGGAGAGGGUUUUUGUUUUGCACAGGAACUCCUAAAAGCCCACUUAGGCUGCAAAAUAAAGGGAUUCCAGAUCAAUAUUACAUCUAUUUAAUAGGGUGUCUAAAUCAACUGUAUUUAGCUAAGAGAUAAAUCAUGGGGUUAGAGGUUGCUACAAUAAAUGAUAAAUAAAUACUAUUCCCAGAGUUUAGGGUUAAUUGUGUGUAAAGUUGUUUACAUGUUUUCAAGGCAGAUAGCGUGAUGCUGCUUCUACCUCCUGUGAUUCAUCUCCUUUAUGCAGAGCAGCAAAUUGUAACAUUUCCUGCCUGGAAGGGCUGUGAACAAAUACAACAUAGAGUAAGAUGGCAGUGAGCAAAUAUAUAAGUUUGUUUCGAGGCAAGAAACAGAAAGCACAAGCAAUUGUGACGCAGUAAAGAAUGACAACUGCCCUCCUUUUAUUUAUUGUACUUCUCUUUUUUUGGUAUGACAAUAAAUCCAAUGUAAAGCUGUCAUAUGUAGCAAUGUUUACAAAUUAUAUCACUUAGUUUGUACUGAUUGUUUGCAGCCAUUAUGUUGUCUUGAUGCUCAGCAGGGCUGGUGAAAUAGUGAGUGUGAAGUCCAAUCAAGCACCGUCGAUGUAAUCCACUUUGUCACCUCUGCUCAGGCUAAAAACUAAUCCCACUUUUCACACUUUCUUGUAAUUUCUUGUUUUUCUUAUCCUCAUCAAAUGAUCUGCUAGUUUGAUUUCUGUAAACUUAUUAAAUUAUUUGACAAUUUAA